AUGGCCUCCGAAGAGCAGAGGCCGGCUGAGGAGCCCGGCAAGAGCAGCGUUCUGGAAUCCACCGGAAAGUCUGUCCUGGCAGACGGAGCUCAAACGGCCCGCGGAACCGAACUGAGGUAUGGCCGAUCGGCCUACUCUGGUGGCGAGGAUCCCGGAGACCGGCACGAGAAGCUGCGUGCGGAAGCGGAGGCUCGCUUCUUCGACUCGCCAUACGAAGCCGAUCGCGUGUCGGCCUUGCGUCACAAAUUUCCGCGCAAGAAGGACGGACCGCGUUCGGGUCGUCGGCCGAGCGGUGAGACCUCGGAAGAGGAGGAACCGGUCCGACGGAGAAUAGCUGGCUUCCGUUUGGGAUUUGAGAAAAUCUUCAACACGACGUCCAUCCGAUUGCCGUGCUCUGCAUACACCGUGUAUGCCGAGCUGCGGUCGUCUCAUACAAACGAGGCAUUUUGCCGAUGCUUCAACGGUUUACACACAGUGUACGACCUGAAGAAGUGGGUUUAUGAGAAGCUGAUGCUGCCCAUGAGUGCCUACGAGCUCUCCUAUGCGGAGAGCGGGAAGGUGCAGCUGACAGACAACAUGCGGCUGCUAACGACCCAGGACUCUUUAGAUGCUCGCUCCAUGGCUACCAUGCGAGUGUUGCAAGACAUGGCAGCAGGCGUUCCUGGAGUUCAUUCCAUCGGCGACAUCGGCGUGACGCGCCUGUACGUCAGGCUGAAGUGCCGAACCUGUGGCGACUUGCUGAACAGCCACUCCACGUGCAGGAAGACCAAAGCUAUGGGCUACAUAGAACCGGCCGUCAAUGGGAUGAAACCCGGCAGCUCGAAGCCGUCAUCAUCCCACAGCCUGAAGACGCUGAAGUCGCAAAAGUCCAUGAUCUCGCAAGAAAAAAUCAUGCGAGGCGCCGAAGAUCGGCCGCAUGUCUCCGGUCCUCCCAAGCCAGACAAAGAAGGCUGGUGGGUUCAGUGGUUCUGCCAUGACUCGGCUCGGCUCAUGGAUCGAAGCCGCCACGGAGAACACAUGGGCAGCAACUUGUGGUUCAAGCCACCCACGUUUUCCUGA